AUGGACAGAGGAAAUGUCACAUGGAUCUUGAUGUUCCUUCUCCUGGUCAUCCUGGGUGUGGCCGAGACAACAGACCCUUUGACAGAAUUAGAAAAUAUCGCUGGGAAGUUGGUUUUCUAUCAGAUGGAAGGAAAUGCCACGUAUGUGCGGGACACAGGAGAACUGGCUUCAGAUGUUCCCACUGAGACCAUGUUUCAACUCUUUGAUCCCCAGAAGGAUUUCAGCAAGGCAAAGUUCACCUAUACGUGGGACUUAGGGAAUGGAGAGGUGAUCCAUGGGACUGAGCCAGUUGUCCGCUAUCAUUACUCAGCAUCAGGGAACUACACACUGCGGCUUAAAGUAGGAGUGAAUGUGACCAAAUCUGCACCUCCAAUCACUGACGUCUACUCCACGGAUGUCCAAGUGCUCGAUGCCAUUAAAAACAUCGAGCUGAAGGGGCCGUCAGAUUAUGAGGUGUCUCAGAACACCACUUUGGCUUUUCAUGUUGAUGGAAGUCCUCCUUUGUGGGUGUGCUGGCGUUUCCUGCCCGACUGUGUUCCAGACACGACGGGGAGCUGCACGCUGACCAGGCUGUAUGGAAACAUCCUACGACUGAACCACACCUUCACCUCAACCGGCAUUCACUGCUUGGAAAUCAACGUCCGCAAUGACAUCAGCAAGCUGCAGACCUCCUUCAGCCUUUAUGUCAGGAGGAGCAGUAACACCCACAUGUUCUUCAUCCUGUCAUGCGCUGCCAUUCUUGUUGCAACCUUCUCCUUUAUCACAGUCAUCGCCUGCCACCCUCGUCAUCACAACAGAUCACAGGUUGUCACUUCCAGUAACGCUUUAUUCCUGAAGAAACAAGACUCUGAAGGUCAAAGCAAGAUUCUUCUUAACUUUUCCAACCUGGAGAGAGGAGAGAAGGAGCCACUCCUCAUGCAGUAUGGGUCUCAAUACUCCUCUUAA